AGGGUGUCAGGCAAGGGAGUGCGCUCGCAAACAGAAGGCCCUUUCUUACAGAGGAAAGGGGGGAGUGUCACACACAGCGAAGGAGAAAGAGAGAGAGAGAGAAAGGGGGAGAGGGCUGUAGCAGAGUAAGCAAGCAGUCCAGGUGAAAUGGAGAAGACAGAGAACACUACCUACUCUCUCAGGCAGUGGAACGGAGCUAAGCCAGAAUUAGGAAGAACUUAGAGUACAAGCUGAAAUGCCCUCAGUCCACCAGGUUUCCCAGAGUCUGAAGACGAGGGAUUAAAAUAGAGCAGGGGGGCCCAAGAGAGUGCGAUCCUGAGGGGAGUCCAUCGCAUCUAAGCCGACCAUCUGCCUUCACCAGUGCCCCUGACCCGCCUGGCCUGGAGAUCGGAAACGUCUGCCCCAGAUCUCAAAGAAAGCCUGACCACAAAAAGGCCCCUUCAGAACUACCACCGGGAGGGGCAGGCGUGUGUUUGCUGAAGUACUUAAGAGAUACUUAAAGUAUCAAGGGGCUUACCGAGAAACCCAGGCCCCAACCCUUUCCUGCAUGAGAUACCACCCUUCUAGACAACCUGUCAAAAAAAGACUCAACAUUCUAAGAAGCAGUCUAAAAAAGAAAGGUGUGAACUCUGCAUGUACGGUCAAGUGACCCGCAAAACAAUUUGUUUGUAUAUUGAACCAUCUUCUGUUGUCUUGGAAACGCCCGUGUGCCACGCCCGCAGGCUCUGUGUUCACGGAACGCGUCCCAGCUCUGUCUAUACAUGACCACUAGAGGGAGCUGUGCACAGUCAGGCUAAGUCAUGAGGGAGGACGUGCAGCGCUUCUUUACUGACCUGUGGGGCAUCGCCCUGUCCAAGCACGACCAGGGCAUUUACAACACCGUGUGCCUGGUGGUGCUCCUGGCCCUGCCUCUGGUGGUACUCUUGACCUGCUUGAUCGUGUGCUGCCACUGUUGCUGCUGCCGUCGCGGAGGCUGCUGCUCCUGCUGUUGCGGGGGCCAACCCAGCAGCACCGGCGGCACCAAACCCAACAAGAAGAAGAAUAAGGGCCCCCAGAAUGAGGACCUGUGGAUCUCGGUCAAACCUGGACCCAUGACCCCGGACAGAAUGGCUUUGACCAUGGUGUAGCGGGCUAAGGCCGGAUCGGGACUGUUGUAUUUCAUCUAUUUAUAGCUUUUUUUACUGCAUGGUACUUUUGAGGGUACUGACCUGUAGCCCCUGUGCUUGCACACUAUCCUCAGGGAGGGGACCCUAAGGAGUUUGAAAUGGAACACCACACAGUCAACCUGGAAUUUUUUGGGAUAUGGAGUGCUCAGUUAGAUCAGGGCAAUAUGCACAUUUCUUUCUCUGUGUGUGUGCAUGUGUGUCAGAGAGAGAGAGAGACACGCACAUGGGCGUGUAUGGGUAUAUGCACCAACAUGUGGGAAAAAGGCAGCUUGAGGACAUAAUGUUGGACUGCAAUUCCUUCGUAUGUAGAAGGGCCAGUCUUCAAGGAAUGCUAUGUGCUUAGGGCUAAAAUACAACUCAAAACAGAUCAAUCAGGCCUGGUCAUCCACACUUCACACUCACAGCACUUGUGUUUGUAACACCCAUCCUGAGAAAUAUGUGUGUUUAAGGGACAAAAUCGUUAUUGCCAUAUGUUUUUUUGUCGUCCUCAGUAUUAAUGGUCACAUUCAGUAUUUAUGUGUGGCUAUCACAGGACUCAACAAUCGACAAAGUAAGCCUGUUGUAGUAAAAAUGUAAUGUGGGGAAUGUAAAAUAACUUAACAGUAGAGCUACUUGAGUUAAUUUCAUAACAAUGUCUGUGUCGCAUUUUAAUCUAGAGCACUUUCAAACGCAUUGUUCUGAGAGGUGCAUGGAACAGAAACUAAUAAGUCUCACUGCACCAAGAGUCGGAAAUAGCCAACAGCUCCAUGAGACAUUUGAGGUUUCACAGCUAGGCAAACGGUUUAAGCACAGAUGCUUGUAUGUGAUCCUCCUGCAAAAGGCUCACUGUUACUUGAGAUGUACCGUAGAGAAGCACAGCAUUCGGAGGUCAAUCUAAAAGAGAUUCUGUUUGUCUGUUCGCCCGCCAGUCCCAGAUGUCCUUUACACAGAGCCAGGAAUGUGAUUCGACUUGGCAUUCCCUUUUCCUUAUUAAGUUAAAUUUGCAUCACUGACCGACCUUUAUUACUUGGUUCGCCCACCCCAAUGUUUGUCUUCAACUGCAUCACAGUAGAAAACAAUUUUCUGCACUGAUCCCACUUUAAAGGCACACUAGGCAGGAUUUUUAGCCUUGCUGUGGUCUUGUGUUUACAACCAAAGAAGUCUCCUCUUCUGUCCUGAACCCUGCCCACUCACCUCCACUGAGGGCUAGAAAUGCCAUUUGGUGCAACAAGUAUGGCUAGCUAAAUGGCUAGAUGUAACAAUACAGUUGUUGCCAUUAAGGAAAAGCAAUUUCAAGGUUGACACUGCUUUUUGAAGGAAUCCUGCUGGCUUGCCGUGUGUCUUUGCUAUACUUUUCCCUCUUCACCUCUGCCAUUGCACUCCACCCACCCCCCCCACCCAUCCCUCCUCACAUAGAAAAGAGUGCCACGCCCAGAAACUAAACACAAGCAGAGGAGCAUGGAUUCUACAAAUGUCUAAAAUUGCAUUUUACAGUAUUUUCAAGGUAAAAAUCCUGCAUAGUAUGCCUUUGAGCCUCUUCCUGUAUAUAAUGAUUUCACUGACUGACUCAACUGGACAAAUGCUGCUUCAUGCUGUUUCUCUUUGACAUCUACAUAUUUUGCAGUAUUUCUAAGUAAAGAGCGCCCUGUCUGUUUUUUUGUUAACCAAUUGCAAAAACAAAUCAGGUAAAAAAGUAUUUUCAGUCACUGUAAAUAUUCAACAUUUACUAUUGUAAAAAAUUCACAGAAAAUUCUAAUGAACUGAAAUAGUUUUUGAUAGCUGUCUCAGAGACAGUGGAAAAAUCCUUGAUGGUCUCACAGCACUUCACUGGGAUGAGGAAGGCAGUCAGACACUUGUUUGAACAGCAGAGCUGUGAAAUUCCAUGUGUUAUAUUCCAACCAUCCAAGUCCGAGGAAUUUUCAUCCGGCCAAAUUAUGCUUGAGAAAGUUUCUUCAGUGUCCUUUGUCCCAAAGCAAAUGCGUGAAACAAUCAUAUUCCAGGUCAAUAACCUCAACCACACUCCCGCAUGAACCCUUGGUUUUUCAUGAGCUUUUUUUGUAAAAGUUGUGUACAGAAGACCUGAGAAAUUAACAAAAAAGGAAGGAAGAUAUUUUUCUAAAUUAUUAUUAUUAUUUUAUUUGUAUUUUUAUUUUUUUGGGGGGAGGGUGGGCGCAUUAAUUUAAUCUAUUUGAACCUUUAGAAUAAAAAAGUAAAGAACUGCUGAAA